GUCUCUGGCCUGUGACUGGUGUUGACACAGCCCAGUCUCCGUACUUGCCCUAUGUGCUCUUGAAGGUUCAGGAGUUUAUCUGUGAUACUGUUAAACUCAAAACAAGAAUUUCAAUUAACCCUGUGUUACACCGCCUCCCCCGUGUGUUAUAUGUAUAUACAUAUGCGUAUAUACUCAUAUAUUUAUAUAUAUUUAUAUAUUCCGCCCCCCCUUUCUCUUCACCAUAGAAAGUCAUGAGUUUGUCGUGCAACAUAAAAGAUCACCUUUUGAUGUAAGAAAGUCAUCUGUCCUGGUUCCCUUACUUCGAUAACCCUGUUUUUCAGCUCAUUUUCCUGCUGGCAUAACCAAGAUUCUCAUACUCUUGCACCCCUGGAGUAGUUGUGAAGAGUCCGUACUCAGUCAGUGGUUACCAGGUUGUCAAACUUUUCCCAUCAGUGGGAACACACUGACGGAGUGAAAGAUACUUGGAUUGUCCGAUACAAUACUGCUUUUUCUCUCACACACAGACGCCUCCCGAAAACUUCUCUUAAAUUAAUGGAGAAUGCUUUUAAUGUAACAUCCUUGAAAUGAUUUAAAAACAUAAGCUAUUGUUGAUAUUAGGCCAGAAGAUGCAUCUUUUAUCAGUGAUAUUAGGCACGGUCGGUUUGUAGACCAUUUGGAAGGUUCCCAGACUAUAGCUACUAUUUUAAAUGGAUGCAUUUUUGCCAAAAGUGAGAAAGCUUUGCAUAGACUCCUAGGUACUUAUAUAAAUAUAAAUAAAUGUAUAAAUAUAGUGAUUCUCGAGGAUUGAUGUCCACAGGGACCUAGUGCCUGCAAUGGCUCUUUUAAUACCCUACUACAGAAAGUACUCUUUUAAAUGUCUGCUCCUGGAGUUCAACUUUGUAUUUCUUUCCUGGAACAACCUUGUUAUGUGGACAUUCUGAGGGGGAAAGAUACAUUUGUUUUAAAAGUUUGAAACUUGUAGCCUGUAAUUUGUUUGUGAAUGUGCAGAGCAUGAUGGCGGCGUCUGAGGUAGCUGGUGUGGUGACCAAUGCCCCCAAUCCUCCGGAAUCCUCUUCUAGUUUCUGUGCUUCCAAAUCAGACGAAGUUGUCCUAGAUGGUCUAAGCUCCAAAGACCCUGCACAGAAGCACAAGAACUCACCUCUGUCGAGUGUAAGUAGCCAAACGAUAACCAAGGAGAAUAACAGAAAUGUCCAUUUGGAACAGCCAGAGCAGAAUCCUGGUUCAUCAGCAGGUGACACUUCAGCAGCGCACCGGGCGGUCUUAGGAGAAAACUUGAUAGCCACAGCCCUUUGUCUUUCUGGCAGUGGGUCUCAGUCUGAUUUGAAGGACGUGGCCAACACAGCAGGAGAGGAGGGGGACACGUGCCUUCGGGAGAGCCUCCAUCCUGUCACUCGGUCUCUCAAGGCAGGGUGCCAUACAAAGCAGCUUGUCUCCGGGAAUUGUUCUGAAGAGAAAUCCCCACAAGCCUCCGUCCUAAAGGAAGGUAGCAGGGACACAGGCUUGGAUUUCCGACCUGUAGUACCUCCAGCAAAUGGGGUUGAAGGAGUCAGAGUGGAUCAGGAUGAUGAUCAGGAUAGCUCUUCCCUGAAGCUUUCUCAGAACAUUGCUGUACAGACUGACUUUAAGACAGCUGAUUCAGAGGUCAACACAGAUCAAGAUAUUGAAAAGAAUCUGGAUAAAAUGAUGACAGAGAGAACCCUGUUGAAGGAACGUUACCAGGAGGUCCUGGACAAGCAGAGACAAGUGGAGAAUCAGCUCCAAGUGCAAUUGAAGCAACUUCAGCAAAGGAGAGAAGAAGAAAUGAAGAAUCACCAGUUUUGUAGAUCAGAAGUCCAGCAUGAGUGUCACUGGGUGAAAAUCAAGGAGAUAUUGAAGGCUAUCCAGGAUGUAACAAUAAAACGAGAAGAAACAAAGAAGAAGAUAGAGAAAGAAAAGAAGGAGUUUUUGCAGAAGGAGCAGGAUCUGAAAGCUGAAAUUGAGAAACUUUGUGAGAAAGGCAGAAGAGAGGUGUGGGAAAUGGAACUGGAUAGACUCAAGAAUCAGGAUGGCGAAAUAAAUCGGAACAUUAUGGAAGAGACAGAGCGGGCCUGGAAGGCAGAGAUCUUAUCACUAGAAAGUCGGAAAGAGUUGCUGGUAUUGAAGCUAGAAGAAGCAGAAAAAGAGGCAGAACUGCACCUUACUUACCUCAAGUCAACUCCCCCAACACUAGAGACAGUUCGUUCCAAACAGGAAUGGGAGACGAGACUGAAUGGAGUUCGGAUGAUGAAAAAGAAUGUUCGGGACCAAUUUAAUAGUCAUAUCCAGCUAGUGAGGAAUGGAGCCAAGCUGAGCAGCCUUCCUCAGAUCCCUACUCCCACUUUGCCUCCACCCCCCUCAGAGACAGACUUCAUGCUUCAGGUGUUUCAACCCAGUCCCUCUCUGGCUCCUCGGAUGCCCUUCUCCAUUGGGCAGGUCACAAUGCCCAUGGUUAUGCCCAGUGCAGAUCCCCGUUCCUUGUCUUUCCCAAUCCUGAACCCUGCCCUUUCCCAGCCCAACCAGCCUUCACCACCCCUUCCUGGCUCCCAUGGGAGAAAUAGCCCUGGCUUGGGUUCCCUUGUUGGCCCCCAUGGUCCACACAUGCCCCCUGCUGCCUCCAUCCCGCCUCCCCCAGGCUUGGGUGGUGUUAAGACUUCUACUGAAACUCCCCGGCCCCAACCAGUAGAUAAACUGGAGAAGAUCCUGGAAAAGCUGCUGACUCGGUUCCCACAAUGCAAUAAGGCCCAGAUGACCAACAUUCUUCAGCAAAUCAAGACGGCACGUACCACCAUGGCAGGCCUGACCAUGGAGGAACUGAUCCAGCUGGUCGCUGCACGACUGGCAGAACAUGAGCGAGCGGCAGCAAGUGCUCAGCCACUUGGUCGGAUCCGGGCCUUGUUCCCUGCUCCAUUGGCCCAAAUCAGUACCCCAGUGUUUUUGCCCUCUGCCCAAGUUUCAUAUCCUGGAAGGUCUUCACAUGCUCCAGCCACCUGUAAGUUGUGUCUCAUGUGCCAGAAACUUGUCCAGCCCAGUGAGCUGCAUCCAAUGGCAUGUAGCCAUGUGUUGCAUAAGGAGUGUAUCAAAUUCUGGGCCCAGACCAACACAAAUGACACUUGUCCCUUUUGUCCAACUCUUAAAUGACGGACCUGACUGGGGAGGAAGAAGAGGAGAAACUGAUGUGAACAGGAAGCGCGGGUUCAACAUUUCUAAAACUCUAUAUUUAUACAGUGAUAUAUACUCAUGCCAUGUACAUUUUUAUUAUAUAGGUAAUGUGUGUAUAGAAAGUCUGUAUUCAAAUGUUCGUAAAUGAAAGUAUGUAUAUUAUGCAGAAAUGUUCCCUUCACCUUGCAGUUCCAUUGAGGGAUGCAGAUUGUAGCUAAGAUGAUGUUUAGUUUAGCCUUGAAAUUAUGAUAUUCUUGCCUAGGGCUGUUUUCAAAUACAAUAUAAAAACUAUCUAGGAAGCUGCUGUUGCUCUAAGGCCAUCCUGCUUUGAUUUGGCUCAGCCGCUGGUCCAUUUCCUUAAGGCUCACGUAUGCAGAUUUGAAACCCUGGUGCUCGCCCGCGGUCCAACCAGAUGCCUUGCUUACUCUGAAAGCCUCUGGAAGCCUCAGUGAUAUUCUAAUGACUCUGCUCCAAAUAGAUAAAGUGAGACUGAUUGAGGAGAAAAAA